CUCUUCCCUCUUUCUCUCUGCCAACCGCGCCCCCCUUCCCUCUCCUCCUCCGCCAUUUUCUCUGCAGCCGUCACCAGCAGCACUUGAUCCCUGUUGCUGCCGUGCUAUCUCCUAUCCUUAUUGCCCUCCCGUUAUUUUUUGCCUUCUAGACACCUUUUUUGCUUUCGUCCAAUGUCUGUAGACUUCGAACCAAUGCUCGCUCGCUCUUCUUCAUUCAUGGAGCAUCCCAUGGAAAGCCCUUUCUUGAUGGACAACAUCGAGAGUGCGAUGGAUUAUCUUCAGUAUCCCCCUUCGCCUUCGCCCCCUUUCGGCUCUUCUUUGAAUGCAUCCGCGUCUUCUGGUGGCGAAUAUGACGGCGUCAACCUUUCCCACCCGAUGGGCGGCGACUACACAUACACCGCCUCGCCCUUCUCCAACUCUUCGCCUCAGCCGUAUAUGGGUGAGGAUCUCGGCAUCUCACCCCGCGCUAUGACCUACGCUGGCGACGAGGACCGAACCCUCUCUGGAAGACGCAGCCGCGCGUCCAAUGACUCUCCUCCGCCCUCCAUUCCCUAUGCAGCAACCGUCCCCCGUUCGCACCGUCAUGAUCCCAUUGGUGCUGCUACUCGGAGAAAUUCAACCGCGAGGAAGGUCCAGAAGGCAAGGAAGAGGAAGGCUAGCGACGAAUCAGAUGAUGACGAUGACGAGUACCAGGUCUCUCCGUCCGCUGGAGGACCUAUGGAUAACCGUCGAGAAUCUGUUCGUCAACAGCGAAUCGAGUCUGAACAGAAGCGUCGCGAUGAGCUCCGCCGCAAUUAUGAUCUUCUACGAGACGUCCUGCCCCCAACCCAGCAGAGGACAAGCAAGGUCCAUCUGCUGUCAAGGGCGAGCGAGUAUAUUCGGGAGCUCGAGACGACCCAGUCGGAGUCUCGCUCAAGGCUGCAGGCUUUCGAGACCGAAGUCAAGCGCCUCCGUGAGAUUAACGACGCCUUGAUGAUGGGUACUGCCCGUGCACUGGGCAAGUCCACUCUCGGCAUCUCUCCUCACAUGACGAUGUCAAAUUUCUGAAGCGCUCUUUGGCCUCAGAAAAAGCAAAU